CUCCCAGCAGCAGCGACGCCACUCCCGAAAAAAUAUCCAUUCCGGCUCUGUAUCUUAUCGUUGCUCCGCCCCUCCGCGAUCGGAAGGGCCGCCCCCGCCGCGCUCCGCUCCCAAAGCUUCAAAUCGGAAUCUCCUCCGCCCGACCGGAUCACUACACGCGCGCCCGGCCGGGAUCCGCCGCACCUUCCAGUUCCAGCUGCGCGUGUCAGCCAGGCGAGAAACUUUCUGGCUUCUUAUGGAAAUUUCGUCAAAGCCUGAAAUUUAGAUGCAUUGGAAUGUUAUUAAGAUGGUUCAGAGCUACUUGAUAUAACUGUUGUCCAUCAAGGCAGAUUCGUUUCCUUAUCAAGAUGGGAGUUUAUCUCAGUACUCCAAAAACUGAUAAGCUAUCUGAAGAUGGGCAAAAUGAUAAACUCAAAUUUGGUCUUUCGUCUAUGCAAGGAUGGCGUGCAAGCAUGGAAGAUGCUCAUUCAGCAUUGCUAGAUCUUGACAAUGAGACGGCAUUCUUUGGUGUUUUUGAUGGCCAUGGAGGAAGGGUGGUUGCCAAAUUCUGUGCGAAAUAUCUACACUCCCAAGUCCUCAAAAGUGAAGCAUAUUCUUCUGGUGACCUAGGCACUGCUGUUCAUAGAGCUUUCUUUAGAAUGGACGGAAUGAUGAGAGGACAGAGAGGUUGGCGAGAACUGUCUGCACUAGGAGAUAAGAUAAACAAGUUUAGUGGCAUGCUAGAAGGGUUGAUUUGGUCUCCGAAAGGCAGUGAAUUGAAAAACGGACUAGAUGAUUGGGUUCUUGAGGAGUAUUCAGGAUACGAAGCCAUUUCACAACCAACAUUGAUAAUCCUUUACCAGGGACCCCACUCUGACUUUGAUGGGCCAACAUGUGGAAGUACAGCAUGUGUAGCACUAGUAAGAAAUAACCAACUUGUUGUGGCAAAUGCUGGCGAUUCCCGAUGCGUUAUUUCUAGGGGCGGCCAGGCAUACAAUUUGUCUAGAGACCAUAAACCAGAGCUUGUGGCUGAGAGAGAAAGAGUACUAAAAGCAGGCGGGUUCAUUCAUAUGGGACGGAUAAAUGGAAGUUUAAACUUAUCAAGAGCAAUUGGAGAUAUGGAAUUUAAACAGAAUAAAUCAUUGCCUCCGGAGAAGCAAAUAGUGACGGCGAAUCCUGAUAUCAACGUUGUGGAGCUUUGCGAUGACGAUGACUUUCUCGUUUUAGCAUGUGAUGGCAUUUGGGACUGCAUGUCAAGCCAACAGUUGGUGGACUUCAUCCAUGAGUAUAUACACACGGAGAGCAGCCUUUCUGCAGUGUGUGAAAGAGUGCUCGACAGAUGCCUGGCUCCAUCAACAAUUGGCGGAUAUGGAUGCGACAACAUGACCAUGAUCUUGGUGCAGUUCAAAAAACCAGUCAGUGAGAAGCAAAAGGCCGACAUUGGGGAGCAAUCUGCAAAAGCCAUAGAAGAGUCUGAGAUUCAGUGAGUAUACACUUUGACAGAAAGGCUUUCUGACCAGUGAUGCUGCGGGCAAUGGCUCUUGACACUGCAAAGAUGACAAUGUGAAUCGCUGUGCUCACUAUGUGACUGGGGGAUCAACUGUAUGUCAAAUGUCUGAGAACCUGGGAUAAGUGAUAUUGGUCAACAUAACAGAAAAAUCCUGGCCUGCAGCUUCUGUGUGCUGCUCUGUUCCUUCUCGUGCAGAGGUCGAUUGUUCCGGUUAUGGUUUCGAUCGUCACGCCUCGGAAACUAAUCAAUCUGGUGUGUUAUGUUUUGAAUAUGUAUCCUGCAAAAACAGGUUGGGUGUUGGUCUCUUUUGUUGUUGCUGUUGCUGUUGUGGUAUCAGUGUGCUGUGAUACCAUUCCCUGCCUCAGUGAGCUGUCAUGAUCUUCUGAUCAAUGCGUACUAUCACGAUGAGUCCAGUGUUGUUUUGCCAAAGAAUUCAUAUAUGAGUUGCUUGCCAAGAAAAGGUUAAGGUAGUGUUAUUUUUCCUGCAAAA